CGCUCCCCGUGCCGGUGCUGCCGCGCACCAUGUCGAAGCGCCUGAGGAGCAGCGAGGUCUGCGCCGACUGCAGCGCCCAAGAUCCCUGCUGGGCCUCUAUAAACAGAGGGAUUCUGAUCUGUGAUGAGUGCUGCAGCGUCCAUCGGAGUCUGGGUCGUCACAUCUCUCAAGUGAGACAUCUCAAGCAUACUCCAUGGCCUCCAACACUGCUGCAGAUGGUUGAGACCCUGUACAACAAUGGUGCUAACUCCAUUUGGGAACAUUCCUUGCUGGAUCCUGCCUCGGUGAUGAGCGGAAGGCGCAAGGCUAGCCCGCAGGAUAAAGUGCAUCCCAACAAAGCAGAAUUCAUCAGAGCUAAAUAUCAGAUGUUGGCGUUCGUCCAUCGCUUGCCAUGCCGUGAAGACGACAGUGUCACUGCCAAAGAUCUCAGCAAGCAACUGCAUUCCAGUGUGAGGACAGGAAAUCUGGAGACCUGUUUGCGACUGCUGUCCUUAGGAGCUCAAGCCAACUUCUUUCAUCCUGAGAAAGGAAACACCCCACUCCAUGUGGCUGCUAAGGCAGGACAGACCUUGCAGGCAGAGUUAUUAGCAGUUUAUGGUGCUGAUCCUGGCACGCAAGAUUCCAAUGGGAAAACUCCAGUUGACUAUGCAAGGCAAGGUGGGCACCACGAGCUGGCUGAGAGGCUGGUGGAAAUUCAGUAUGAGCUGACAGACAGGUUGGCUUUCUAUCUCUGUGGCAGGAAACCAGAGCAUAAAACUGGACAGCACUUUGUUAUACCUCAGAUGGCAGACAGCAGUCUAGAUGUGUCAGAACUUGCAAAAGCAGCAAAGAAGAAGCUUCAGUCUCUAAGCAACCACUUGUUUGAAGAGCUCGCCAUGGAUGUGUAUGAUGAAGUUGACAGGAGGGAAACAGAUGCAGUUUGGCUUGCCACUCAGAAUCACAGCACACUCGUGACAGAGACCACAGUAGUCCCUUUUCUUCCUGUAAAUCCUGAGUAUUCCUCAACCAGGAAUCAGGGGAGACAGAAGCUGGCUCGGUUUAAUGCCCACGAGUUUGCUACGUUGGUUAUUGAUAUUUUAAGUGAUGCCAAAAGAAGACAACAAGGGAAUCCUCUUGCUGGCUCAAAAGAAAAUGUGGAGCUGAUCCUCAAGUCAAUCAGCAGUCAACACAGCAGUGAAAGCCAAGAUAAUGACCAGCCUGAUUAUGACAGUGUUGCUUCAGAUGAAGAUACAGAUCUAGAAACGAAUGCAGCUAAAUCAAACAGGCAGAAGAGCCUGGAUUCAGACUUGUCAGAUGGACCAGUAACAGCUCAGGAGUACAUGCAAGUUAAAAAUGCUCUGGUGGCUUCUGAGGUCAAGAUUCAGCAGCUAAUGAAAGUGAACAUCAACCUGAGUGAUGAGCUGAGGAUCAUGCAGAAAAAGCUCCAAACGCUUCAGAGUGAAAAUACCAACCUCAGAAGACAGGCUACAACCAAUAUCUAUCAGGUCCAAAGUGGUUCUGAAUACACAGACCCUAGCAACAAUUCCUCUCUAAAGCGGCGCCCGUCUGCACGGGGUAGCAGACCCAUGUCCAUGUACGAGACCGGCUCGGGUCAGAAACCCUACCUGCCCAUGGCAGAGGUCACCUACCCAGAGGAGAGCAUAACCAGGCUGCAGCCCUUCCCUCCACAUAUCGGGAGGAGUGCGUUUGUGACCUCCUCUUCAUCUCUACCUUCCUUCCCCUCCACGCUUUCCUGGUCAAGGGAUGAAAGCACACGAAGGGCCUCAAAGCUGGAGAAGCAGAGCAGCAUGUCUGAGAGUGACUAUGACAACCCCACCACCCCUCUGGAGAUGGAGGAGACUGGGUCAGGCAGGAAGGCCCGUCAGAGGAGUGUCAUUUGGCAGGGAGAGGGAUCCAUCCCUGAAGACACUGACACAGCCCCCAGCUCCAGUUUGCCCAGCACAGAGGAUGUGAUUCGGAAAACUGAGCAGAUCACCAAGAACAUUCAGGAGCUGCUGCGAGCAGCGCAGGAGAACAAGCACGACAGCUAUAUACCGUGCUCCGAGAGGAUACAUGUGGCAGUGACAGAAAUGGCAGCCUUGUUCCCAAAGAAACCCAAAUCGGAGCUGGUAAGGACUUCUUUGCGUCUGCUGACCUCUAGUGCCUACAGACUCCAGUCUGAGUGCAAAAAAACCCUUCCUGUGGAGACUUGCCCCACCACGGACAUCCAGCUGGUCACACAGCAGGUCAUCCAGUGCGCCUACGACAUCGCCAAGGCUGCCAAGCAGCUGGUCACCAUCACCACCAAAGAGAACAACAACUGACCCCCCACUUGGCUUUGUACUCCUGGGUUGGUUUUAUUUUUGUUUAUAUAAAAGGUUGGGAUUCCAACUGUA